CCCCUCCCACUAGGCUCAUAAUAAGGACAUCUCAGUCAACCCACCUUUUAACAUGUAACUCCCACAAAAUUUAUCAAUCCUAUUCUCCUGUACAGUUCAAGAUCAGUUCUCCAUACUCGUAUUCACCUUUCAAAAUCAACUUGAAAAAGACUUCUUCACUCUUCCUUUUCCUUUUCUGUUUCGAAGUGGAAAAAAGGCAAAGUGUUUAACUGUUGAGAUAGGAUUUGGGAGGGAGAACACCUCAUGUUUGGUGUUCCAACUUGAAUGGAUAUGAAAUCGCAUCCUCGGGCUGGUUUUAGAAUCAAUCCCCACCCAGAUUGAGAAAGAGGGAGAGAAAAGAAGAGGCAAAGAUUAGAGGACUCCUUAAUAAUCAAAUCAUGAUAACAAUAACCUCAUCACUACAAUAUUUUCAAAACUCGAUUAUCACAGCCCCAAAAUUACCCUCUAAUUGAGAAAUAAAAUGAAAGACAGCUAAAUAGAAAAACCAGAACAAAUUGUAAAUUUAAAGCCAAAUAAAAAUGCUCAAUCUACAAGUAUAAGUCUGAUUGAUCUCCAUCAAAUAUAAUGUUGGGUGGGCAUCUAAGGAGUCUUCAAUUAUAUAUUAGAAGCAUUUAGUUUGAUCCCAUAUAAACAUCAAAUCCAUAUAUCACAAUCAUAAUUGUCCACUAUAUGAUAAAUAUAUUCUAUCGGAAAACAAACAUAAUAGACCCCAACUUGAAAUAAAGAUUAAACGCGGGUGGAUAUCAUAUAAUGUGUCGUUUUUAUGGAAUGGAUCUUUCCAUUUUCAUGCCUAAGCAUCCAAGGAUAUACAUUGGCGACCAUUUAAAUAUAUACCACAUAUUGUCUUGUUGAACACUCUGGCCCUCCCUCCUUAUAUUUAUAAAUUGCAGCAUCUUGGAAGAGUAAUCCCAUCCAAUUGGAACUAUUCAUUGUUUUCAUCAAGAGUCAACAGAGUUUGUUGGCGAAAAGUUGAAGAUGUUGUGGAAGGAGGAGCUUGUGCUCUUAGCUCAAAACUAUUUUGACACUACGACAGUGGCGGCAGUUCUUUCCAUAGGUAUUUUAGUGUUGGUUUCGAAAGUUUGCUGGAGACAGAGGAGCAAGAAUGUUGGAGGAAUUCCUGGUCACUUGGGGUUACCCUUUGUAGGGGAAACCUUCUCUUUUCUUUCUGCUAAUAACAGCACCAGAGGGUGUUACCAAUUUGUCAGGCUCCGCCGGUUGUGGCAUGGUAGGUGGUUCAGGACAAGGCUAUUUGGAAAAAUCCAUGUGUUUGUUCCAAGUGCAGAAGGUGCAAAGGCAAUACUUGCCAAUGAUUUUGUCCAAUUCAACAAGGGAUACGUGAAAUCCAUGGGAGAUGCUGUUGGGGAGAAGAGUUUACUAUGCGUUUCCCACGAGGAUCACAGAAGGAUUAGGCGUCUUCUAGCUGAUCCUUUCUCCAUGACUUCUCUGUCUAAGUUUGUCAAACAAUUUGACGACAUGCUCUCCAAAAGGCUACAGAAACUAGUAAAAGAUGGGAAAAGUUUUGUACUGCUUGAUUUCAGCAUGAAGGUUAUAGAAAAUAAAAAUAUAGUCAUCUUUCUCAAACAUGUCUGUUUGACUUGGCAGCCAACAUAUCUUACGUUAUGUGAUUUGCAGAUAACAUUCGAUUCCAUGUGCAAUAUGCUAAUGAGUCUAAGAGAUGAAUCUACACUCAGGCAGAUUGAAAAAGACUGUUCAGCCGUCUCUGAUGCCAUGUUAUCUCUCCCAUUCAUGAUUCCAGGAACUAGGUACUACAAAGGCAUCAAGGCACGAAACCGACUAAUGGAAAGGUUAAGAGAAAUAAUAUCCAGGCGACGGAAGGGAGAGGAGUCACCAGAAGACUUCCUGCAGUCAAUGUUGCAGAGAGAUUCGUAUCCUCCGGAUCAGAAGUUAGAUGACUCAGAGAUAAUGGAUAACCUUUUGACACUGAUAAUUGCAAGCCAAACUACCACAGCUGCUGCUAUGAUGUGGAGUGUCAAGUUCCUGGAUGAGAACAGAGAGGCCCAAGAAAGGCUGCGGGAGGAACAAUUGUCAAUUCUACGAAAGAAGGAAGAUGGAGAACUACUUACUCUUGAAGAUCUUAAUAAAAUGUCCUUUGGUUCAAAGGUCGUCAAAGAGACGUUGAGAAUGUCCAAUGUUUUGCUGUGGUUUCCUCGUGUGGCACUAGGGGAUUGCAGAUUAGAAGGUUUUGAAAUAAAGAAAGGAUGGCAUGUGAACAUCGAUGCAACAUGCAUUCAUUAUGACCCAGAUUUGUACAAGGACCCCAUGCAAUUCAACCCUUCGAGAUUUGAUGAAAUUCAAAAGCCAUACAGUUUCAUACCUUUUGGAUCUGGACCCAGGACCUGUCUCGGAAUCAACAUGGCCAAAUUAACAAUGUUGGUCUUUUUGCACAGGAUGACUGGAGGGUACAGGUGGACGGUUGAUGAUCCAGAUCCUUGCCUCGAAAAGAAGGCACAUAUCCCUAGGCUGAGAAGCGGCUGCCCCAUUACUUUGAAGACCUUGUAAGAUGAGACAUAAGCAUAGAUGUGAGAACGUUAUCUCAGGUACAGGUAGGAGAAGUAGCAAGAUUCUAAUUGCAUGGUAAUGAGGAAGCAGCUGGAUAAUAUGUAUCAUCAUGGCCUCUAAUUACCCACUUUUUUUAUGCUUCGCUUAAAAGUAACCCAGAAGAGAAAAAAUAAAAUGAAAAAGUGAACUUUG